CGUUUAUUUGUUGACAUUGACAAGUUUGUGUUUUUCUUGGUAAAUUGUGAAAAGUGGAUUUUUCUAUUUUUCUGAUUUAUAAUAAUUUAUUGUUGGCACCUAUACCAUUUUAACAUCUUCAAAAUGAAUAGGAUAUUUGGUAGAGGAAAACCCAAAACUCCAGGACCGAGUAUUACUGAUUGUAUUGGCAGUGUGGACAGCCGAGCUGAUAAUAUUGAGCAAAAGGUGCAGAAGCUUGAUACUGAGCUCCGGAAAUACAAAGAUCAAAUGGCUAAAAUGCGCGAAGGACCAGCUAAAAACUCUGUAAAACAGAAAGCUAUGAGGGUACUCAAACAAAAGAAGAUGUAUGAGCAGCAGCUGGAGAAUCUUCGGAACCAGUCCUUCAACAUGGAGCAGGCCAACUACGCCACGCAGACCUUAAAAGACACACAGGCUACGGUGGCCGCCAUGAAAGAUGGAGUCACUCAAAUGAAGAAAGAAUUUAAGAAAAUCAAUAUUGAUCAAAUUGAGGACGUGAACGACGAGCUAGCAGACAUGUUGGAGCAGGCGGACGAGGUGCAGGACGCGCUCGGCCGCCAGUACGGCAUGCCCGAGAUCGACGACGACGAGCUAGCCGCUGAGCUUGACGCACUGGGCGACGAGAUAGCCCUAGACGACGACACGUCCUACCUAGACGACGUGGUGUCGGCCCCGGCGGCCCCAGACCGCGAGCCGGGGGCCGACAGCGUGCGAAACAAGGACGGCGUGCCGGUCGACGAGUUCGGCCUGCCGCAGGUGCCCGCCGCGCAGACCACGCGCUGAGUGGGGAGGCUUUUGUGUGGGAGGGUGGGUUGCCUUGGCUUUUUGUUUUAAGUAACGAUUUAUGAGACCACACGCUGAAUUACCAAUCUUGUUGUCAAGGGAUGAACGGUAAAUUGCCUUGGCUUUUUAUGUAGUUACGUUUUAAUUAUCGGUUUUAUUGAAUUUGUACUGCAGUAAGGCACUGGCAGAUUAUAUCACGCAGCGAGAUUUUAAAAUCGAUAUACCCCAAAAUCUACUCUAAUAUUAAUAUAGACGUAAGAUCUGUGAUUUCUUAUGCUACAGCUUUCAAUUCCUUUCCAUAAGAUAAUAUUUAUAUUAUUAUAUUUUAUUCUAACAUUAUCUACGUGAUUUGAAACACAUUGGUUACCUGCUUUAUUCAAUAAAUAUGAUAUUCAAAAUAAUAUAAAUAUUUAUAAAGGGAUGUAUCAAAUAAAUAAAACCAGGGGUUAUAUUAAUUAUCACCAUUACUUACGUAAGUACUACGUUUAAAGUUUCUGUUAUAAUAACAAGAAAAUCAUUGAUUAAAUUACUAACACAAAAAACUACAAAUUACUUUUAUGAUGUGAUCUGCAUUUGUGUUGCUGACGCAUGUAGAUUUUAUAUUUUUCGUUAUAAAUUGUAUGUCUAUUAGUAAUUAAAUGUAUAUAAUAAUAAUUUUCUUAAUAAAAUAUUAUUUGUAAAACUAA